GAGAGAGAGAGAGGAAGGGAGGAUGGAGAAGAGCGGGAAGCCGAGGGUGGCGAUCAUAGGGGGAGGCAUUAGCGGGCUCGCGGCGGCGAAGGAGCUCCGGUGGCUGGAGCCGACCCUCUUCGAGGCGACGGACUCGAUAGGAGGGGUGUGGAAGCACUGUUCCUUCCGCUCCACGAGGCUGCAGACGCCACGGCCCGACUACGAGUUCUCCGACUACGAGUGGAGGGACCGCACCGACCCGAGCUUCCCCACCCACGCCGAGAUACUGGAGUACCUGCACGGCUACGCCACCCGCUUCGACCUGUGGAGACUCAUCCGCCUCGAGUCCAAGGUGGUGGAGGUCCGGUUCCUCGGCGACGGCGGCAACGCCGGGUUCCCGCAGCUCUGGGGAGGCAAGCGGCAGGCCAUGGGCGACCGACCGUUGUGGGAGGUCGGCGUGGUGUCCGGCCCGUCCGGCACUGUCCAGUGGUACGAGUUUGAGUUCGUGGUGAUGUGCAUCGGGAAGUACGGCGACGUGCCGAACAUGCCGGAGUUCCCUCGGGGAAAGGGGCCGGAGGUCUUCCAGGGAAAGGUGAUGCACUCGCUGGACUACUGCAAGCUCGACGAGGAGGCCGCAGAGACUCUGAUGAAGGACAAGAAGGUUGUGGUCAUCGGCUACAAGAAAUCCGCCAUUGACUUGGCAGUCGAAUGUGCUGCAGUCAAUCGAGGGCCGGGUGGUGAGGCAUGCACGAUGGUGAUAAGGACGCUUCAUUGGACUGUUCCCUCUUACUCUAUUUGGGGUCUACCCUUCUUCCUGUUCUUCUCGACCAGGUUUUCUCAGUUCCUCCACGAGAGGCCAAAUCAGGGACUGUUGAGAUCCCUCGCCUGCCACCUCUUGUCUCCCGUGAGGAGAGGGGUCUCCAAGUUCAUCGAGUCUUAUCUCACAUGGAAGCUGCCGCUGGAGAAGUACGGGCUGAAACCGGACCAUCCUUUCGUGGAGGACUACGCGUCGUGUCAGAUGGCCAUCUUGCCGGACAACUUCUUCGCGGAGGCCGACCAAGGACGGAUCCUGUUCAAGAAGUCAUCCCGGUGGUGCUUCUGGGAAGGUGGUGUGGUCUUGGACGACGGCACCAGGUUGGAGGCGGAUGUGGUGUUGCUGGCCACCGGGUUUGACGGCAAGAAGAAGCUGAGAUCGGUGCUGCCGGAGCCGUACCGUGGGUUGAUAGUGGACUCAGCCGGUGUCAUGCCCCUGUACAGGGGAACGAUUCACCCUCUCAUCCCUCACAUGGCCUUCGUGGGGUACAUCGAGAGCGUCUCCAACCUCCACACGUCGGAGCUGCGGUGCAAAUGGCUGGGGGGGCUGCUGAAGGGGCACUUCGAGUUGCCGAGCGUGGAGGAGAUGUUCCGGCAGAGCAGCCAGGAGACGGAGGUCAUGAAGAGGACCACCAGAUUCUACCGCCGUCACUGCAUCUCCACCUUCAGCAUCAACCACAGCGACGAGAUGUGCGAGGAAAUGGGUUGGAGUUCAUGGAGGAAACGGAACUGGAUGUCCGAGGCAUUCGGUGCAUACAACAACCAGGACUACAAAGAAGACAAAAGCGAGCAAGACGAUGUGUUAGAUUGAUCACUGAAUAUGCGAGGCAAAAAUCACAUAGAAGAAGAAGGUUCAUAUAUAUCCAAGCAUGUCAUCUUUUGAUUUGUUGUACUCUUUACGUGUAGUCAAUAAACAAAAGUUGAGU